GUGGGUAUUUAGUAUAGCGUCUCGGUGUGUAGCGAUUCAAAUGUUGUGUUGCCAGCCCAAGUGAUAGUUCUUUGUUGUGAUCUAGAGUUUUUUUGUUUGGCUUUAUUUCACCUUGUUAGUAUGUGCAACUUGGAGUUUAUAUUUCCACCGGGGACAUAUUUUUGAAAACAAACUGUUGCAAUAGUUUAUCUAUUGAUUCAUCUAUUCAGUUGUUUAUUUUGUUUGUUUAAUAUCUACGUUAUGUAUACUGCACUUGCAGAAAUGAUCAUGCUGCCCAACGACAAGAAGAAAAACUUCGUCCGAAACUUGUUCGGCGUGGCCGACCAAGAGACAAGACACCAAGAUUUAGUAAAGCAAGAAAGUUUUUUCGAGGAUAGCACCCGACUGUUCAUGGAGAAAUGGAACUUCGAUCCUGUUACGGAAAAAAGCACCGCUGGUGGAAAGUACGACUGGGAACUUGUAGUGUCCACGGAAAAUAUUCCAGCCUUCUACACUAAAAAAUACGUUCAUGUAUCGGAUAACUCACGAAAGCCCAGCAGAAUCACCGGCCGAACUUCGGCCGCGAAAAGAAAAUUAAACUAUAGCGAUUUUGAGACCGAUAACAAGGCCGAAGUGGUCAGUACGGAUAGCAACUUGAAUAACACACGUGUUCCCUCUAAGGGAGAAACGGUGACCUUGUCCGCAGGCUCGGACAGCAUCUCCAAACCAUCGGUUCCUUGUGCCACAGAGUUGCCAUUUGGAUUAAGGAGCUGCUCAAAUCCCGAACUGGUUGAAAUGGUCAGUUCUGAGUUCGUCACUCCACCCCCACAAAGCAAACAGAGCUAUAUUACAGAUUUUAUGCCAGCCAAAAAGAGACGGCAAAAUUCUGAUCAGAAAAAUACUCAGCAUAGACCUAGUUAAGAUUGUUUUUUUUUUUGUACAGUCUAUUCUACUUAUUGUGUAUGGCUGUAGGUGUCCAGUGACUGAUGACCUACAAACCAAACAGACUGUGAUGGUGACUUAUGGGACUGCUGCAAUAUCUUCUGGACAUGUCCUGGCGGUCUGGGUGACCACACACUUUUUUUUUUGGUUGGAAAAAAAACAAACUAUUUGAACAUAUAACAAGCAGGAUGUGUCCAUCUUCUUUCAAGGAAAUAUAAAAGCUAAUAUUUUGGAGUCAGCGCUACAAAUCUACAUAUGAUAUACUGUUGAUUGAUGUUUCUCUGUUUGGACUUAUUUUAACAUGUUAGGGGAGUGCCUUUUAUUUUACAUCAGAGCUAGGCUCACAUUCUGUGUUUAAAUAGUAGCUAGGCUCGCAUUCUGUUUAAAUAGUAAGAAGUCAUUUGUUAUUACUUUUUUGUUUUAAUUCUGGUCUACCAUUUUUUUGUUUGUUUACUAAGUGAUUGUUAGUUGAUAAAGUAAAUGUAGAUCUAUUGUUGGUGGAAAAUGUUAAUUGCUAGAAUGGAAAGGUUAAUAUUUAUGUUGAUGCAUUUCAGCAUUUGUAUUUUAUUUGGCAUUCAUUAACGUUGGCAUACAUGGGAGCAUAGCAUCAAAAUGAAGUGACACUGUUAUUUUGAGCUUCUUUUUUUUUUCUUAUCAAGGUGUGUUCACCUUUUAGAUAGAUGUUUGUAAAUGUGUGAAUGCUUCUUCUAAAUUUCUUUGUAUUUAUUUUAUUGCUUGGCUAGCAUGUAGUGGAGUGUCUUGCUGGCAGCCACCUUGUGUUAUAGUUCAUAUGUUUGUACAUUGAUCUCUUAUUUAUUUGUAAAUCCAUUAUUAUAGAGAGAGAAUUUAUGCAAAUUUUUAAAAGUAAUAUUAGAUUUGUAUCUGUAGGCUUAUCCCCUUGAUUUCAUUCUCUUUAAAAACCAUUUAAAUAAUAAUUAAAAAGAAAUUAUACAAUACCUGAAAGAUUCAAUAAAAAAAAAGAUGUAUAUCAGUUUAUUUGCUUGUGAGCGUCUGAUUUUGGUUCUGUUGACCCUUAGAGUGAGACAGAUCAAAAUGUAGACAUUUACAAGCAGACACAGCCUUCUGUUGAUCUUAAGGGUGAGAUAGAAGAUGGUGAAAUGCUAGCCAAGUCAUUAAUUUUGCUUGCACAAACUGUAUUGUAUUGGGAUGAUUUGUUGAUCCUCGUCAUCCGCGUCUCUUACAGAAAUUGUGUAAUCUCCCAAUUCUCUUUACAGUAAGAUAGAAAUUAUUUUUUUCUAAAGUAGGCGGCAGUCUUUGAACCUGCUAUAACAUUUAAAAUUUCACCCAUUACUUCUAAGAAGGAAGGAGUUAUCAGUUAAAUUUCAUUGUAAUAAGCUCUUAGUAUAUUUCUUGAUGAUAACAGGAUUUUAUAAUAAGCUUCAGUAGCAAAUAAUAUUAUUUUCCCAUAAGUUUUACUUGACAUAAAAACAUUGAAUCUAACUAGUUGCUGGGUCUUGCAACUAACCGUGUGUCUUAUCAUUCCUUUUCAUUUAUUUAUUAUCACAAUGUAUGUGCUCACCCAAAGUUUGGUUCUUAUCAUCUGCAGUUUCUGAGAUUGGCAUUUUUUUAAAUGAAACUGUGUGUCUGUUUCAUCUCAUUUAAGAUAAAUUUAUGAUUUAAGUUGUAUCAUGUUAUUUUGUAUUGCAAUUAUUUCCAACUGGCUUACACUCAAGGAAGCUAUACGUGUUUGAUGCAUGGAUGAAACCUAUUCAAUUUUGUAUUUUAAAGAUGGUUUGCUUGAUAAAAAGGUAUUGUAUUGUAUGACGAUAUUUUCACUGUUACCAAACAAGUGCCCACAUCAAGGAAAUUAAGUGUGCGUCUUUAAAUUGAUAACCUUUUUUUUUAUCUGUUGCAAGCAAGUAAUUAGGUGGUUUAAUUUUUGUACUAAGAAUUAUGUUCAGAAAGUUAUAACAAAAUUAAACAUGUGUUAAAAACAUAAGUGGGGUAGCCUUUAAUUUCCAUAACAAAAAAAAAAAUUCUUGCUAACAUAUUUUGUACUUUUUUUUGUACUUUUUUUUUUUUUUUUUUAUUUACUUUUUGAGUUCCACUAUACAAAACAAAAUUUUAGUUAUCAUUUACAAUUGUUAAGUUAGUUAUCAGCAAAAAUACAUUUUUACUCUUAACUUGUAACUACUGUAAUAUAGAAAAUUUUUAUCAAGUGUAAGGUUUUAUUGGUGUUUUUUUUUUUUUUUUGUA